GAUUCUAUCAGGAUUUGGUUGACGAUGGAAUUGGGAGUAGUAAACUGGCUCCCGGAGUAAGCCAAUUGAUCGUUACAAGACCUCAAUAUCGGCAGGAGGAUCUGAACAGUGAGAUGCAUUAUAGUGUUCCUAGCAGCAACGUGUGCCGGGAUAUGCUAAAUAGUGUUCGGAAUGUUAGCGCAAGAAGCUGUGUGACUAGUGUGUUACCUAUCUUCGCAUGGUUGUCAGAGUACUCAUGGAAGCGAGAUUUUGUGUCAGAUCUGAUCAGUGGCUGUACUGUAGCCGUUAUGCACAUCCCACAGGGCAUGGCUUAUGCUCUGUUGGCCAAUGUGCCACCAAUUACGGGCAUCUAUAUGGCAUUUUUCCCGGUGCUAGUGUACUUCUUUUUGGGCACUUCGAGGCACAACUCGAUGGGAACGUUUGCGGUCGUGACGAUUAUGGUGGGAAAAACUGUGCUUGCAUACUCUGACGUGGGGACAUUGAGUAAAUCGGCAGCCGAAAAUGGGACGUUAGUAGAGCCAACCGGAGCGGACGCUGCGGUUCGAGGACCGAUUGAAGUGGCAGCCACGGUUUGUUUAGCGGUUGGAUUACUGCAGCUGAUAAUGUACGUCUGCCGGUUGGGCGUUAUUUCAUUUCUCCUAUCGGACACGCUGGUUUCGGGCUUCACGACGGGUGCCGCCAUUCACGUGAUAACCUCACAGAUUAAAGACCUGCUCGGGCUUUCGCUACCACCCACCGGGGGCAACUUCAAGAUAAUCAACACGUACAUCGCCAUAUUCUCGGAGAUCGCCAACAUCAACCAAACGGCCAUUCUGGUAUCGGCCACUACCAUAGUGCUGCUGGUGAUAAAUAAUGAAUUUCUGAAGCCAAAGGUGGCCAAACGCAGCAAGAUUCCAAUUCCAAUCGAACUGAUGGCUGUUAUUACUGGCACUCUAUUGUCAAGAUAUCUGCAUUUAAAUGAACAAUAUGCCAUAAAAACUAUCGGACACAUUCCAACGGGAUUUCCUGCUCCCUCCCUGCCGGAUUUGAACCUGCUUCGAUCGGUGCUGCUGGACAGCUUCACGAUCGCAAUGGUGGCGUACGUGGUGUCCGUAUCGAUGGGACUAAUUUUCGCCCAAAAGCAAAACUACGAAAUCAACUUCAACCAGGAACUGCUGGCCAUGGGCGUCAGUAACGUUUUCGGUUCAUUCUUCACGUGUAUGCCAUUUUCGGCGUCACUUUCACGCUCGAUGAUCCAGUACACGGUGGGUGGCAAGACACAGAUCGCCUCCGUCGUAUCCUGUGCCAUUCUGGCCGUCGUUCUGCUUUGGGUGGGACCAUUCUUCGAACCGCUGCCACGGUGCGUCCUUGCCGGUAUCAUAGUGGUUUCACUUAAGGGUUUGCUGAUGCAGGUAACACAGGUGAUGGACUUCUGGCGACUCAGCCGCGUGGACGCGGUAGUGUGGUUGGUAACCUUCCUAACCGUGGUGCUGGUUGCCAUCGACAUUGGCUUGUUGGUUGGAAUUGUACUCAGUAUUUGCUGCAUUUUCUUUCGUGGAAUGAAACCGUACACAUGUUUGCUGGGAAAUGUGCCCAACACGGACUUGUAUUUAGAUGUGAAUCGCUAUAAAGCGACCAUCGAACUACCAAACAUGAAGAUCUUUCACUUCUGCGGCAGCCUAAAUUUCGCAACCAGAGCUGGAUUCAAGACGAGCUUGUGUCAAGCGUUAAACCUAAACUUGACGGAAGCGAUUAAACGAAUAAACAACGACGGCGACUAUAAACGGCAGCAAAGUUUGCACUACUUGAUACUGGACUUCACGGCUCUCAGUGAUAUCGAUCCGUCGUCGGUGUCCUCGCUAAAAUCUCUGAUGAAUGAGUUUGAGAAGCUUUCCAUCAAGGUGCUGGUGGCCGGAACAUCAAGCCCAGUGUACGAAGUGAUGGUCAAAUGUAAACUAGUUGGUUCGGAUGAACGAGAGUACUGUAAAGUUUUUCCCACCAUUCAUGAUGCGGUCCUUUGGACGAACGAUGUUUCCGCUGAAAACUCCAGGAUAAUCAGCAUUGAAUCCACUUGAACUACUCGUUACCAUCGCGUGGUGUUUUUGAACAAACUUCCACAACGAUUCCGACACGAUUUGAUCCAAUUUCUACAAGUAACGUUGAUAAUACUGCACAGGGAAAUGAAUUUAUUUGUUCGCAUUUAACUCAAUUUACUAUUGUAUAGAGUAACGUUUGUUCAAAGAAUCUCUG